ACCGUAAUUCGCAACAUUCCUUUUGCGUCUUUUAGUCUGGAAUUUCGUAGUUAAGAAUAAUCUCGAGUUUCUCAAAGCGGUCCUGUUUGGUUCAGCUUUGCCACGACUAAGUAAUGAAUUGUCAAGUGAGGGUGUAUCAUGGACGGAGUUCUCUAUAAAUGGACUAACUAUAUCAGCGGUUGGCAGCCUCGCUGGUUUGUGCUGGAUGGAGGCACUCUUUCCUACUAUGACUCACAGGAAGAUGCUUGGAAAGGAUGCAAGGGCAGCAUCAAAAUAUCUGUGUGUGAAAUACAAGUUCACCCAUCGGAUUUCACAAGGCUUGAUCUGAUCAUUCCAGGAGAACAGUACUUCUAUCUCAGGGCUAUAAAUGCAGCAGAGAGGCAGAAAUGGCUUGUGGCAUUAGGGACCGCAAAAGCCUGUCUCACAGACAACAGAACAAAGAGAGAGAAAGAGUUUCAGGAAAACACUGAGGCUCUCAAAACAAAAAUGUCUGAGUUGAGGCUUUACUGUGACCUUCUACUCCAGCAAGUGAACAACAUUAAAGACAGUCCUCUACCGGCUGAAUCUGGUGAGGUAGGUGAUGAGACCGGAAGUCUGGUGAAGUCCACAUGCACCACCUUCUUGAAAACCCUAGAGGAGUGCAUGCAGAUCGCCAGCCAAACCUUUAAUCCAGACCUCCUUAGUCAAACCCCACCAGGCUCUCCACCAGUGGCUACGGUCAAACCUCAAAAGAUCAAAAUGAUCCAAAACGACUCAAAAAAUCACCACCAAGGAGAAAAGCUCAAGGACUCAGUAAGCAUCUCAGGUAGUACAUCAGCACACGAAAAUUCAAUGAGUGGACCAGAAAUACCUCCAUCUCCACUACAGAACAUACCACCACCUCUGACAGGAAGCAGUUUAGUGGAGGAACACCAAGUGGAGCCUCACAAUGGCCCUUUAUCAAGCACACAUGACACUGAAGAAGAGCAAGAGAAGCACAGACCGACAGAUGCGAACCAUGCAGAUGAAAAACAACAGGAAGCCUUCUCAAGUCCCACACAGAACAAAGAGCAAAAGGUCAAAGAAGAAAUCCAGGCUGACCUGGAGGUGAAUGCGUCUCAGUUUGAGAGUGAACAGGAAGAUGAGGAUAAAGUGGAUACGUUCUUCAGUACCAUGAGCCACAGAUUUAGUGAUAUAAUACUGGAAGACGGCAGUGGUAUUCCCACAAAGGCAUUUUUGGAUUCUUGCUAUGCUAUAGUACCAGUUUUAGACAAGCUUGGACCAACCGUCUUUGCACCGGUUAAAUUAGAUUUUGUGGGAAACAUUAAGAAAAUCCAGCAGAAGGUGGUGUCAGAUCCGGACAGCUUUACCACCCUGCAGAGCAUCGUGGUACACGAGGUGGAGACGGAGCUGGCGCAGGUGCGCAAUUCGGCCACCGAAGCGCUGCUGUGGCUUAAACGUGGCCUCAAGUUCCUCAAAGAGUUUCUCUUUGAGCUCAAUGCGGGGGUGAAGGACGUCCAAGGAGCUCUUAAUAAUGCGUAUGGAAGAACACUAAGGCAAUAUCAUGGAUGGGUUGUGAGAGGUGUCUUUGCACUGGCUUUACGGGCCGCUCCAUCCUAUGAGGGCUUCAUGGCUGCUCUGGUGUCUCAUGAAGGUGAUGAGCUGAAAGAGGGCUUUACAACAGGCAUGCAUCGAGACCUGGACAUCUACCUGCCGGCUAUGGAGAAACAACUGUCCAUCCUGGAUGCUCUCUAUGAAGAGUACGGCCUGGAAUCAGAUGAGGUUGUGUGACAAACACAGACACAGUGAAUAGGGCUUGAUGCUGACUUUGUUUUAGUGAUGACAUUUCACAAUUUGUGGAAGUUUGUGUUUUACAAGGCAGGAAAGUUUUGGUGGGGGCUUGCUAAACUGACCAACAGGAGUGUGUUUGGUGAAGUGCCAUUGGCAGACUCUUGACUAAAACACUAGAAAUUUUCUCGGCAAACUCAAAUAGUGUGUCAAACAUAUAAUGCUAUUAUGGGUGUUAUUCCUUGAUGCGUUUUCAGGGAACAGCUUUAUUUUUAGUAACAUUGAAAGCCGCGAUCAAGUGUUCUUGAGAUUGGUUGUAUGUCUUGUAUUUAUAUACAUAGAUAUGAAAGUACAAGUGGCAGAAAUGCCAACAAUAACCUAUUGACAUUUUUAUGUAUGGUUAUCUGGCAGUGAAGUCACAGUGUUACAGUAUUAGUAUGCAUACUAAAAGUGAAAGAGUGCACUUUUAUUUUUCUCCUGAUGUUUUUAUUUUAUUUAGGAUAUAUUGCAUUGCUUUUGUUUUCGCAUCUCGUUUACUAGCACAAAAGAAGGGAAAGUUAUUCAGAUAAACGUGUGUCAUAACGUCAUGUUACAAUACAGAAUACUGUGGUGAGUUACUGUUUCUAAUGAAAAUUGAUUUACCAUAAAGACAUGAUGAUGGCUCAAAUCCAAGACUUAUUUAAAGAUUGGUAAGAGGGACCAAAGCAAAGGGUAUUUUUCUCACCACAUACUGUUCAACAUGUUCAAGCAGUAAUUUUAAUAAGGAAAGAUGUCAUGGCAUUUCCUCAGUGACUUUAUUUAUUGUCUUAUUUAUAUGAUUAAGAAUUUUAACAUUGAUUUUAUUGUAAAAACAAAUCACGCUAUGCUUACUCUUAAAUCAUAUGAUACUAAUUUGCGCAUGCAGCAUUGCAUGAGUUUUAUUUGUGUAUUUCUAAAUUAAUCCAGAUUUACUAUAUGAUUAACAGUGAGGAUUAUUAAUCUGUUCACAUUCCAGAUUAAGUUCAAAAAUUAAAUUCACAUUGGGGCCAGUUUCCCGGACAGGGCCUAAGUCUAGUUCAGGACUAAAAUGCUUGAUUGAGCUAUCUUAACUGAAAACAUCUUUUACAGUAUAAGUGCCAUUGUUUGCCUAACCCUGUCUAAACCCUGUCCAGGAAACUGACCCAUGGGGUGGCUUCUUGGACAGGGUUUAUCCUAGUCUCGGAUUAAAAUGCAUGUUUAAGCUGCCUAUAUUUCGAAACAUCUUGCCAUAUUUUUAAGCGAUACUGCUGCCAAAUAUUAAAAAUUACCUAAUGAUGUACUCACCAUCAAACAAUCCAAGAUACGUAUGUAUCUUUCAGACUAACACAUUAUUAUUAUUAUUAUUAAUUAUUUUAGUAAAUGUCCUUGCUAUUCCAAGCUUAAUAUGGGAUUUACAUCCUUUACAGAAGUAAUCCACACAGCUUCAAGGGGUUAAUAAAGGUCUUCUGUGGGUAAUCGAUGCGAUAUUAUAAGAAAAUAUCCAUAUUUUAAACUUAUAAUAAUAGCUAUAAUUUAAAACUAUAAUAACUAGCUUCUGGGAACGACUCCAUCUUGGACUCACGCGAUUCACGAGAGUCACUGCGCAAAGCAAUGUUUAUAACGUUUUAAAUCUUUAAAUAUUUUUCUAACAAAAUCACAUCAAUUACCAGAAGACCUUUAUUAACUCCUUGGAGCCAUGUGGAUUACCUCUGAAGGUUGAAUGCACUUUUUGGGGGCUUAAAGGGGUCAUAUUAUGAGAUUUUUUUUAAAGAUGUAAAAUAAAUCUUUGGUAUCCCCAGAGUGCGUAUGUGAAGUUUUAGCUCAAAAUACCCCAUAGAUAAUUAAUUAUAACAUGUUAAAAUUCUCACUUUGUAGGCCUGAGCAAAAGUGUGCCUUUUUGGGUGUGCCCUUUAAAAUGCAAAUGAGCUGAUGAAAUGCAAACACUGAUCGCAAUGAUGGUGGUUUGUUGCACUUGAAACUCAAUUGUGCCGUCAAUUUUUGCCUUGUUCAUUUUCUGGGUUGAUGGAAGCACCGGGGAACCAAUGAUAGCACUUAAACAUGGAAAAAGCGUAGAGAUUUUUACGGUAUGACCCCUUUAAAAUCAGUGUCGGGACAUUUACUAAAAUAACUUCAAAUGUGUCCGUCUAAAAGAUGAUGGACAUGGUCUUGGAUUGCUUAAGGGCGAGUAAAUCAUGGGGUAAUUUUGUUAUUUAGUUGGAGUAUCCCUUUAACAUAUAUCAGUGCCAUUGUUUUGUCUCAAGAUGCACACCAGUAAUGCUUUUUUUGUAAUUUUUCUUUGUAAAAACUACUUAAAUGUCCUGAUACCUCUUAAAUCCUAGUCCUGGAUUAAACUAAAUCCUGUCCAGGAAACUGCCCCAUCAAGUUUGAACCUAAAUUCUGAUGAACAAGCAUACAUUUACAGACCAAUAUCUUUAAAAAAUCCCUUAUGUAAACUCCAGAUAUGGUUGAACUAAAAAAAAAAAACAUUUGAUCCACUAUGUACUUUAGAAAACUUAUUAAAUCUUUAGAUACCACAAUAAGAUGAAAAAUUAAAAUGACAUUGAAACGUCAAGCAGAAUGUUCAUGUAAUCAUGCCAUGAAUUUGUUUAUUAAUGUUCAUUAAGAAAUCUUGGCCUGGGUUCACAGACAAGGCUUAGCUAAAGCCAGGACUAAAUUAAGAUGUUUAAGCAUCUUUUAUAAACUUGCCUUAGAAAAGUUUUUACAAGUGUGUGUAUUUUGAGACAAAAUCAAUAUCACUGGCCUAUUUUAACAUCUGUGCAUGAAAGUUAUUUUCUGUUUAGAAAACUCAAACAUGUGUCUAGUAUAGGUCUAGCCUUAAGCCUUGUCUGUGAAACCGGGGUAUAUGCAUUAAGUUAAAGUUUUUGUUGGUUUUGUCAACCAAAUGGCAUUUUCUUCCCAGGAACAUAAAUUCAUGUUGUCAUUGACUAGUAUUAAAGCAGUAUGUUGUUUGUGAUAUGUUUUGUUUAUACUGUAUGUACAUCAACGAUAUAUGAAUGACUGUAUGAGUUGCUUUAAUGGUUUUUUAAACAGUAUGAUGUUUAUACCAAACUGCAUGCAAUGUGUUUUUAAUCCUAACAUAUACAAAUAUGCAACAUUCAGCAGCAUAGAUAAUCAAACAAAUUUCCAAGAAGGUGACCAAUACGAGGUAGCCUAUUAUCCAUGCGUCCGAGUUACAUUAUAAUGUCCGCUAUGACACUCAAUCCUUUAAUAACUCUGUGUGGUUGCCAGGAGACCUCAACAAUAACAAAGCCGAUCACUGAACUCAAUGAGGGUCAAGAAUAGAAAGCUUGUUUACAUCUUUUAUAUGGUGGAGGAAGAUUUCUGAUAACGGAUAAAUCUGAACCUAAUAUAUUUUGACUUGGAGAAUGUAUUCA